AUGGCAAAAGUGGGAAUCAAUGGCUUUGGUCGCAUCGGGCGUCUGGUGCUGAGGGCAUGUCUGGAGAAAGGCGUGAAUGUGUUGGCUGUGAACGACCCGUUCAUUGACGUGCAAUACAUGGUCUAUAUGUUCCGAUACGACUCAACCCACGGCCGCUUCAAGGGUGAGGUGAAGGAAGAGGGAGGCCUUCUGGUGGUGGACGGCAAGCGCAUCCACGUCUUCCAGGAGAGGAAUCCGGCGGACAUUCCCUGGGGUAAGGUUGGCGUCGAGUAUGUGGUGGAGUCGACCGGUGUGUUCACGACCCUCGAUAAGGCCAAUAGUCACUUGAAUGGCGGCGCCAAGAAAGUGGUCAUCUCUGCGCCAUCAGCGGACGCACCCAUGUUUGUGAUGGGAGUGAACCAUCAGGACUACAACCCGUCGCUGCAGAUCGUGUCGAACGCCUCGUGUACGACCAACUGUUUGGCGCCGUUGGCUAAGGUCAUCAAUGAUAACUUCGGCAUUGAGGAGGGCUUGAUGUCCACCAUUCACGCCGUCACCGCCACCCAGAAGACCGUCGACGGCCCCAGCGGUAAGCUAUGGCGCGACGGCAGAGGCGCCGCUCAGAAUAUUAUCCCCGCGGCUACCGGUGCUGCUAAGGCUGUCGGCAAAGUUAUCCCCGAACUCAAUGGCAAACUCACCGGAAUGGCGUUCAGAGUUCCUGUUCCUGACGUGUCUGUUGUCGACCUGACCUGUCGUCUCAAGAAAGAAGCCACUCAAGAAGACAUCAAAGCCGUGGUAAAGGCGGCCGCAGAGAGUGACAACUGGAAGGGUAUUCUCGGGUACACUGAUGAAGAGGUGGUCUCCAGUGACUUCAUUGGCGACACCCGGAGCUCUAUCUUCGACGCCAAGGCCGGCAUAUCUCUAAGCAAGACGUUUGUGAAGUUGGUCUCGUGGUAUGACAACGAAUAUGGUUACAGCCAUCGGGUGGUCGACCUCCUGAAAUAUAUGCACUCCAGAGACACGGCCUAA